CUCUUUCGCGAGCUUCAUCCGCAACCUCGGCUCCCCCCCCCCCGCCUGCCCGUGUGCGCGUGUGUAUGUGUGUGUUUCUUUUUUCAGUUGACACAAUAGCCUUUUUAGAGCUGCAAUUUGCAAAUAUAUACAGUGUAACGCCGAGAACAAUUCCAACCCACCUAAUAAGAAUAACGCCGUCGACGACCAACAGCCUUCACAAAGAAGAAAGAGACGGGGUAACGGCUAAAGAGCAUUAAAGCAGCACACGGUGGUCUUGGAAACUGAACUUCAUUAUCAAUAGAACGUCAAACGUCGUUGUCCCACGGGGUCAAUGACAAUUAAUUAAGCGAUACGGCCGAUUUGCGCGCCAAGAAGCUUUAUGCUAUGGGAUUCCCUCAGCGCCCGAGCCCUGUGUUCCUCUGACCGCGAAGACCGAGAGAGAGAUUGAAGGGGUGCUGUUACGGUGCGAGGUUUUUGUGCUAUUCAGCAGCAGCGGAUCUGGCGUGGUGGAGGACAAUAGCUCUCUACAGCACUGCUAGGCGAGGGUGGUGGGAUUCCCGCAGUCCCCCCCGUCUGCACUGCCCAAGUCCAGGCAAGUCGACUUUGAAUGACAGCACCGCAACAAAGCAUCUCUCGUCGCCUCAAGGGAAUUUUGUUGCCAUUUGAAAGGAACCUCGAAGACGAGCUGGCCGUGCAAGAAACCAGACUCGAAUCUUACUCGAAUGCAAUCGCGACGACGGGAAGAUUGUCAAAUGAAUCAGAGGAUGUGCAAAGGAAAUCGAAGACUGCAUCUAGCACAGACCUUUACCGAGCUUCUUAAUUAAUAGCUCGUUAGAGGGAGAAAUAUUGCGACGGAAUCGGCAACAUUAUUGACAGUUGCUUCAUCGGGUUUUCACGGCAGCUACAGUCCCGCAUCGCGCCCUCAGGAGUUAACUUAGGUUUAAUCUAAUAAUCAGGGUAGUAUUGCGACCGUACCUAACGGGUUAACUGCCAAACACAAGAACAGGCUAACAGGGACUACAUUGAAAUCACCCAUUCGUGAUCGUGUUGUUAAAGAGGCUUCAGCAUCGCCUGAUAGAUGUGAGAACAACACCGCUCCAACAACCCGACAAGCACAACAGGAAUUCUCACACCUACAAGCCCAAAAGCCUACAAGCUACGAGGUGGCUAGCAGCAUCUCCGCUUGAUAUUUAGCUCACACACACGGACAUGCUGCCUGAUUCCCUGGUGCAGAAUUCUAAUAAGGGAGUACAUCGCCGGUGAAUCAAGCCUUUUUGCCCCCAUCGCCUUGACCAUUUGCAGGAACCCGCUGCGACUCGAGCCCCCAACUGUGAUUGAACCAUGGCCGCGGUUGUGAACUAUUCCCCACCGUGGUGGGCGAAUCUUCUUCACCGUCUACCCCACUUCAACCUCCAGUUUGAGAUGACGAGCAGUGAUUUCCGACCAGAGGACUCUGAAUAUCAGAAGUCGGUGCUGCUGCUGGGUGCCGUGGCGCUCGUGUGUCUGGCCCUGGAUCUGCUCUUCCUGCUCUGCUACUCCUUCUGGCUGUGCUGCCGCCGCCGCAAGAGCGACGACCCGCCCAACGCCGACUGCUGCUGCACCGCCUGGUGCGUCAUCAUCGCCACACUCGUCUGCAGUGCUGGCAUUGCUGUGGGUUUCUAUGGCAACGGAGAGACAUGUGAUGGAAUGAACAGGUUGACGUACUCACUUCGCCAUGCCAACCAGACUGUGGCUGGGAUCGAUAAACUGGUGUCCAGCAGCACCCUCUCCCUGAACGACUCGGUGCAGGCAGGCCUGCUGCAGUGUGAGGGGGCCUACUCCAAGCAGACCGACUACCUGUCCAUCGUGCACAAGCUGCAGGGUCAGCUGGACGAGCUGCUGGGGCUCCUGGUGGAGGUGCCCUUCUGGAGCAACGACGACCUGUCCCUCCACACACUCGCCGUCACCACCGAGCAGUACGACUGGUACAGGUGGCUGGCCUAUCUCACCCUGCUGCUCUUUGACGUGCUCAUCUGUCUGCUGGUGCUGGUGGGGCUCAUCCGCAACUCCAGGGGAAUUCUGAUUGGUGUGUGUAUUCUCGGCGUUCUUGCACUUGUCAUCAGCUGGGCCACCUUGGGGUUGGAGCUGUCUGUCGCUGUGACCACCAGUGACUUUUGCGUAGCCCCCAACGCUUACAUCACUAAAGUCACGGAGGAGAACGCUGUCAUCAACCAAGAUAUUUUGCAGUACUAUCUGAAAUGCAGCAUGGGCCAGUCCAACCCAUUCCAGCAGAAACUCUCUGGAAGCCACAAGUCCUUGGUGGAGAUGCAGGAUGAUGUGGCUGAACUGCUGCGCUCGGCCACUCGAGAGUAUCCUCAAACUAAGGGGAAUCUGGAGGAGAUCCAGUCGGUGUUGAACUCUACUGAGGUCAGCCUCCACCAGCUUACUGCUCUACUGGACUGCCGCAGCCUGCACAUGGACUAUGUCCAGGCGCUGACCGGUCUUUGCUACGACGGUGUCGAGGGUCUGAUCUACCUGGUGCUCUUCUCCUUCGUCACUGCGCUCAUGUUCAGCUCCAUCGUCUGCAGCGUGCCCCACACCUGGCAGGGCAAAAGGAGUGAGGACGAUGACGGUGACGAGUCUUCUGCGGCCCACGGCACGCGGCAGCCUCACGAUAACCUGUACCGCGUGCACAUGCCCAGCCUGUACAGCUGCGGCAGCAGCACGUACGGUAGCGAGGCUAGCCUCCCGGCCGCGGCUCACACCGUCAGCAACGCGCCCGUAACCGAGUACAUGAGCCAGAAUGCUAACUUUCAGAACCCCCGCUGCGAGAACACUCCUCUGAUUGGCAGGGAGUCCCCUCCGCCCUCUACCGAACGAUUCCAUGGGAUGAUGUGCACUGCACCUCUUGUUCGUAGCUAUGGCAACAAAUUUGCAAUUUCUUCCCUCCUCCUCCUCCUCCUCCCAACAUCCCCCCUACCCCUCCAGCAUGUUUGUCUUUACUGUUCUGUGAACCCAGCCCCUGUCGCUGCCCCCCCCUUCCCAUCCACCCCACAUGUCCCCCACUUUGGUACAGCCCAUGGUGUGAAGCAACCCCCCCCCCAGUCCUUAUUCAUGUAGUCUAGUCCUGCAAUGUAACUGUGUGCUUCCUGCUUCUAAGAGGCAUUUUGCUUUACACCCCUCGUGGCUUCGUUUGUCAUUCUUCCUGGAGGCUGUCAUGAGUUGUAUAUGUGUGUGGAGUUCUUUUUCUCUUUUUUUUCUUUCUUAAAUUCACCCCAGGAACUAAAACCAUGUUUGACCUCAUGCUGUGCUUCAGCUGCAAUCACUUCCCAGGUCAUUUUGAUAACUGAUUCCCCUGCUUCAUAAUAUUAUGCCUCUGUAACAUCACCCGCCCCUCAGCUUUCCUUGUUGGCCUUUGCAAGGCCCCCCUAAGCUAAUUCUUUUUUUAACAACAUCAGGCUGUCCAAAUGACUCAUCGACUGUUGUUUGUAUGUGUGUUUGUGGUGUUUGUUAUGUGUUGUAUGUAUAUGUUGUUUGUGAACUCUUUUCCCCUUACCCUCCUAGCCUUAAAAGUACCUGUUUGUUUGCAUAUUUGCACACAUUCACAUGCACACACACACACACAAAUGCAUGCUUAUAGACUUGAGAGGUCCGUUAAGAGCAAGGAUAGAACACAAUUUGAAGGUCACAUUCAUUGUACAGUUUGGAAAUAAAAAUAAACACAAAUCUUCCUCUCCACAUUAUUCUAAUCACCAUAGCAACAUGCAAAAACUGUAAUCUGAUCUACUUUAACAAAGCUUUAACCUCUGUAGCUGCUGAUUUCUGGAACACAUAGAAACAGCACCCUCUUGUGGUGACAAGACAGUAUGUCUACCUAGCUCAAUACAAAUCAACAUAUUCCUCUUUUUCACUCUUCCUGUUGUUUAGCCUCUCUCCCUGUUUAUUGUCUCUCUAUCACACUCACCCCUUCUCUCUUUCUCUCUUUCUUUUUAACACCUGUUCUUCCCCCCUCACUCACUUUUUUCCCUCUCUGUCUCAAUCUCUUCCAUCUUCCAAUCUCCUCCUCUCCCUUUUCUCUCUUUUGUCUCUUUCUCUUAACCCCUCUCCUUCUCAACCCAUCUUUCAUCUGUCUCUCUCAACC